CCCGGCCAGUCUAGACUUCCAGCAAAAUCCCCAAUCCCGCAGAAAACGUCCCCUCCGGCCCUCGCUUCCCCAACCACCAGCCUAGGGUUCCGGCGAGAUGAAGCAGCAAGAUGGAGCGAGCGCCGCCAAGAUGUUCAUCGGCGGGCUCUCCAGGCAGACAAGCAUGGGUACGUUCAAAGAGUACUUCGGGAAGUAUGGGGAGAUAGUCGAUGCGGUAAUAAUGAAGGAACGCCAUACCCAAAAGCCCAGAGGCUUUGGAUUUAUUACCUAUUCAGAUCCUGCUAUUGUUGACAGAGUGAUUGAAGAUAACCAUGUCAUCGAUGGCAAGCAGGUUGAAAUUAAAAGGACUAUCCCGAAGGGUGCUGCUCCCCUGAAAGAUUUCAAGACAAAGAAGAUUUUUGUUGGUGGAUUGCCUACUGCUCUAAGAGAUGAUGAAUUCAAGGACUUCUUUUCAAAGUUUGGAAAGGUGGUGGAACAUGAGAUCAUCUGUGACCAUUCGACCAACCGGUCACGAGGAUUUGGAUUUAUAGUGUUUGAUGCAGAAAAAACUGUAGAUGAAUUGUUAGCUAAGAAAGGCAAUAAGAUUGAUCUAAAUGGUACUCAGGUGGAGGUCAAGAAGGCAGAACCAAAGAAACCCUCUAACCCACCUCACUCACUUGAUAGCAAACCUAGGAGAUCUCCUUAUGCAGAUGGUUACGAUGGAUUUGCCAGCUCUUACAACAAUGGUGGUCGCUUGGCCCCCUAUAAAUCGACUGGUUUUGGCACUAGGCCUGGCAGCUACAGUAGUGCUUAUGUUCCUGGCAGCUACAGUAGUGCUUAUGUUCCCGGCAGCUACAGUAGUGCUUAUGUUCCUGGUGACUAUAGUAGGGGCUAUGCUGGUUAUGAUGGAGCAUUUGGAGGUUAUCAUGGAGAAUCGUCGCUCUACUCCAGUCGUUCUGGUGGCAGUUAUGGUGGUGGUUUAGGUGAUGCAUAUGGGCGUGAUGCUGUGCCUUAUGGCACGUCUAGCUAUGGGCCUAGUUAUGACUCUUCAGGUGCCAGUGCCGAUCCUAGUGUUAGGUUUGGCGUGGGUGGACUCUAUGGUGCUAGGGGAGGCUAUGGUAGCAGCAGUGGCGGUGGUGCUACUGGUCGCUACCAUCCAUAUGCAGGGUAAGCCUUUGUAUGGUCAAUGCUAGAUGAGAACUUGAGAGAUAUCAUCUGCAGCUAGAAGAACCUUGUGAUCUGCUUAGUUUGCUACUCCAUGGUUGUAGAACUUGAAGACGUUGUUUAGUGUUUAAAAUUUAAACAUACUGAAGUUGAAAUUUA